AUGAUUCAACCGCAAACGGAUUCUGUCGAAAACACCGCCGCCAUCACAUCGAGCAGUGCCCGCCCCAGAAGAGUUCAUAAACCGAGAAAUAUCCUCCCGGGAAAGACCCCCAUCGCUCCUGAUACAUCAGACUCAGCCAGUUCAGAAACAGAGACCGAAAUGGCGUCCGUAUUCGUGGAAUCAGUACCAGCCAGGUCCUUUAGCGGACGACCCGGAGAGAGAGUCGAAGCCUUCAUCGAGUCUGUCAUUCUCAACUUCGAGCCAAAAGAAAGACUCUACGCGCCAGAGAGGAGGGACGCAGCAAGAGUAGCGAUCCUCUGCGCAAAUCUCCGGGGGAAGGCAGCAAAGUGGCUGGAAAGACAGAAUGAGGAAGUUGCGUCCUCGUGGGGCGAACUUACCGAAGCAUUGAAGAAGAGGUUCAACAAUAAGGGGAAGAAGGAUGAAAGACAGAGGAGAGCAGAGAAUGCGGUGACCAACCUCAAGCAAGGCAAGCUUACGCUGAAGCAAUACAUUCGCAAGGCCGAAAAAGUCAACAUGGAUCUCCCGGUAGCGUCCGAUCUUCACAGGACUGCCGGCAGAAGGUUUUAUGUAGGCCUAUCACGCGAACAGACUCGAUGCAACUUCCUUAGCCUGGGGAAAAUCGAUGUCGACGAUGACUACACCCUAUCACAAGCCAUUGAGGCCGCGAAGAAGGUGCUCGCAACCGGCACCAGAGAGUUGAGUAGACGCUGGAGUGGCAGCGAGAGUAGUGAUGAGGAGGUCAACACGAGCGACAGUGAAGAUGAUUCCGAUUCCUAUGAAUCCAGCGAGAAGGAAACGAAGGAGAGUAGAAGGAAGAGGAAUGGGGAUAGUAAGACGAGGGUGGCGUUGGAGAAGGAGAGGAAGGUAAACAAGGUUCUAAUUGAAGAAAAGAGAGCCCAAGAAAUUUUUGAGAAAGAGCGCAAAGAGAAGAAAGCCGCGCUUACCGGAGAAGUAGCCGAUCUGAGAAGGCUGGUGGAAAGACUCUCAACCCAGCAAUAUAAUAACCCAUUCGACGUUACACCCGCAAAUCGCGAGACUGAGGUCUUCGCGGUAAACCGCGGAUACUACAACCAUCCGAGACAGCCGUCGAACAACCAAGCGCCAGGUAUGGGCGGUCCCCAAUACCCGGGCGGCUAUGGGAACUCGAAUCAGCUGUCUGCGUUUAAUCAAUCGCAAGCCCCAAGCCCACAUGCAAUCGCGAGUAUGGGCUCCUCGCAGUACCCGUCGCACAGACAGCAGAGCUACCCUGCUACGGGAUACAUGCCGAGAAGGCACACAAUCCAGAACGACGCGAGACCAAUCGUCAUGUGCUUCAGAUGCGGACAGACGGGUCACUAUAGCCCGGAAUGCGUAAACCCUCCUCUGUCAAUCAUGGAGCAACAGGAGGUGAGGCGCAGGGUGGGUGAAGACCAAAUCGAGAAAAUCCGUUUGCAACUCGGCCUUCAGCGGCAAGCCCCUCUAGGGCAGUACACCCAUACACAGGGACAAGGUCAGGCUUCCCAAGGGCACAUUAAUGUUCCCCAGGGACUACCCCCAAAUCAAAUCGCCGGCGGACAUUACACCGCCGCGCAGGGGGCGAAUCUGGUGCCGCUCGGAACAAGGCCAGGUGGCACCCCAGGUGGCGAAGUGCGUGCUUUGGUACAAGCAAAUGCGGCACAAGCGGGAGUGAAUGCGGUAGAGAUUUGCGCGGGGGAUAGAGAGGUUGGCGGCAUUAGGGUGCCCGAGGCGAGUUUAGUUGAGUGGUUUGACGCGGAUGCGGUGGGCAAGAGAGAUAGCGAGGAAGCGUUUGGGAGAUGGAGCAGUAGGGCAGGAGGACCUACGAGGAAGAAGACGGCGCAGGUUGAAGAUGAAGAUGAGGAGAUGGGCGGAGUCGCUACAGACAAGGGCAAAGCGAAAGCAUAUCAGGCUCCCGGCGCGAGUUCCAGACAGGCACCGAAGACGGUGGAACCAAGGCGCCCCAUUCGGAUGAUGAAAGGGAUCAUCCCCGAGAACGUUGUCCAGCGACUGAGAGAUACUAAAGUCGAAGGGCUCACGUGGGGAGCACUGUUCGAUAUUGCCCCAGCUGCCCGCAGAGAUGUAGCAAAGGGCCUCGUGCAAGAACGUGUGCCGAGGGCCCCCCGGGAGAAAGCUACUCCAGCUGCUCAACAGGAGGAAGUCCACACAGUCGAGGCAGUUAACAGAGCGCGUGAGGAUGAAGGACCCGUUGUGAACUUCUACACCGACGGAAAGGUCAGAGCACCGGGGAUCGCAGGUUUCUUCACAGUAAAACGAAUCCUCGUCGAUGCCGGAUCAUCAGCAAACCCGCAACCUCCGCCAGACGCUCUGGACGCUCGAGGCGCCCAGGGCGCUCGGUAG